AUCAGCACGCUAGGCUAUUUCGCAUCUCCUUGCCGGGUAGCCUAUGCUGUAUCAGGACAGGACGUCACGGUUUUGACCUAGGGCAAAGGAGCACGAGUUACCCAGUUCCAUCAGAGCAUCUGAACGUUCUUAAGUUUACCGGGCCGAGCACGCACGAGCCAGCAGGCGCCAUGGAGUCGCAUCUCUCCACCACCGCAUAUCUCCUCCUAGCAUUGGUCUCUACAACAUCUGGGUUCUUCUGGACUCCCCGGGGGCCUCAGAUGUACCCCUGCCUCACCUACAUGGAGCACAACCUGCGGGUGGACUGUGAGUUCCCUGUGGAAGACAACCCUGCACACCUAGGCCCCUACUGCGAGUACAAGCAGGACAGCCGACUGGUGGGCAGCACCUACCCCAACGCUGUGUCCCUGGUGUCGACAGACAACCGAAGGAGGGCCAACGUGAGCUUGGUCAACCCCACCGUGUGUCGCCUCACCUGGGCUCCGAUGGCGGACGAGAAGCCCUACACCUACACCUGCAGGGUGUACCAGGGGUCUACCUGGAAGGAGAACAGCAUGGCUGUACACCAGCGAAUUCUUCCAAUCUGCUCAGCCCUCAGCGUGAUGUUCCAUACCGGGCUAUUUCUUCUGUCCCUUGUGAUGUCACUUCCUGUAACUACAGGGCUCCUCUCUCCCUGACCUCCUUUCAGUGUACAGAUAGCUAGAUGUAAUUACAUGUUUUUAGACAGAUUUUCAUAUCAUUAUUAUAGUACACAAUAAUAACUACAAUUUACUAAGAUUGUACGGUAUGCAUGUUCACAAGUGUAAUGAGUGUGAAACACAACAGUGGUACAUUGGAGGGCUGUGGCUCCAUAUUCACUGUUUUCUGACCACUUCAAUGAUCACUUAAAAACUGAUCCAUCAGACUAGAUCUUAUUUUGUAUUAUCUAUUCUCUAUAAUUUAGGCUUUGCUUUUGGAGUAUCAGGUAAGAAUCCUAUGAAAACAACUUAUUUAUAUCAGUCUAACUUUCAGAAUUUCCAGACUUUCAGGCUAUUAUCAGCCCUUUGGCUACAGGGAUGCUAGUACGGGAAUGGGUGGUCAUGUCCUAAAGAGAUUCACAAAGGCUGUUUACACAAGCAGACCAAUUUUGAUAUUUUUCCACUAAUCUGUUUUUUUAAACAAUCAGAUUAGCUAUUUUGUCAAUAAUUGGGCAACAUUUCAGAAUUGGGCUCCCUGUGUAAACACAGCCUUAAUAUUGCUGAUAGAUUGUGGCUUCCGUCAAUGUAAUUGUCUGCAUCAUUUCCAA